CAAAUGGGUUUGUCAAAGAUGCGAGCGACUAGCGAGCUAAUCAGGAAGUGGACCGAAGCUUUGGUACCCAUAUGCAAUCAUAGUAAAAGUCAUGCCGGUCAGGAAGUCAAAUGGCUUUUGCAACAUGCUCGUCAACAGGCUCGUUUAAUGAUCUCAGAAAAUGGAUCAAGAAACAAAGAAUCCAUGAUUCUGGAAACAGGGAAUAGUGAACCAGGUCUACAUCAUUCAGAAGGCUUGAUAGUGGCAUUGAUGCAAAGCUAUGUAGAACAGAGAGUCCAUGAAAGAAAGCCAUUACAGUAUAUACUUGGAACCCAACCCUUCAUGGAUUUGGAGAUCCUCACUAGGCCUCCAACAUUGAUACCGAGAUGGGAAACUGAGGAAUGGACUGCGCGCCUGGCGACUAUCUUAUCAAACGAGUGGCAUCUUUUCCAAGCUGAUCAAAAGAUACAAUGCUCCAUGUCAAGCUCUGUCCAGAAAGCCGCAGUAACAGUAGAUUGUUUAAAACCAGGACAUGGAAGCGGUACAUCCACAUCGCUUUUGUUCAACAUCCUUGACAUCUGUACAGGGUCUGGUUGUAUCCCUCUCGGUUUAGCUUCUGCUCUCCCCCAUAAGUCCUGCAGAAUCUUUGGCAUUGAUAUUCAUCCAAAGGCUGUUGAACUUGCUAGAGAAAAUGAAAUCAAGAAUCGCGCUUUCCUCAAGGGCAACAGUGUUUAUAUCCGUCAGGCAGACUUGCUUGCUCCUAAUGCCGUAAAGGUCUUUAUGGAUUUUCUCGAUGAGAAAACAGACCAACGAGGGCCGAAAGGACAGCAACAUUACGAACCUCAACAGUCAAAGGACCGUAAUGUACAAACUGAUCAAUGGAAUAGCACUGCCAUCCUAGCACACGACUUUGAGCCGCAUCCUCAUCUACCUUCAAAAAUGUCGUCAGUCGCAAGAUAUAAUCUUAUCGUAUCAAAUCCUCCUUAUAUUGCCCCCUCUGAACAUAAGACAUUGGAGCCUGAGGUGGCGCUUUGGGAAGAUGCAAAGGCUUUGUUGGCGGACGAUGACGGACUGAUGUUUUACCCUCGUAUAGCCCAUAUGGCUUUCGAGUUGCUUCAUGACCGUAAUCAGCUCCAUCCUUUUACUCCCUUGCCUUCCGAGCCACUUCUUGACUCAAUCUCCAAUAAUAUGCCCCCAACUUCCGUUUUGGCUAAACAAAAGGAAUUAAAUAUUCAAAGCAGUCAUAAACAAGAGACAGGGAAGGGACGGCAAUGGAGAAAUGGUCCUGAUUUGGACAAAGUUAGAAUCCCCGAACUGGUGUUGGAAAUCGGAGGUGACCAUCAAGUCCAGUCCGUUAGCAAUGCAGUUCGACAGGCAGGAUUUAGUCGGAUAGAAAUCUGGAAAGAUCUUGCGAACAGGGCAAGAUGUAUAGUAGGCGCUCGAUGAAGAUAGGUUUCUAAUGAGGGUAUUAUUUAAUGUAAAAGGGACGCAAGCUCUAUAUGUAAAACGGACGUAAGCUCUAAAUAUAAAACGCAACUGCUGCGGCCGUUACUAUGCUAUGUUCUAUUGCCCUUUUUUUUUUUUGUACAUGUUUAGUUGGGACUGGAACUGGAAACUGUAUCAUAUCCUCUUGGAUUGUUACGCUGCCAUCUCCAAAGAUCCAAGCACAUCUCGUCUAAGGUCUUUUCAGCCUUCCAGUUUAGUUCCCGGUUAGCCAGGCGAGGAUCUGCAGUCAAGUUUGGAACAUCGCCAGGGCGACGUUCUGUGAUGAUAAAAGGAAGCUCACGCCCUACAGCCUUAUUAAAGGCCUUGAUCAUGUCCAACACUGUGUACCCUGUGCCUGUACCUAAAUUAUAAGCCUUGCAACCAUAAAUCCCUGCAGCCUGUUCCUGUUCAAUCUUGUUCAAAGCGGCAACGUGACCCUGGGCCAAGUC